UUUUUGCUUUGCAUCUCGUCAAAACAAAGCGAGCACACACAGCGCUGCAUGCUUCAUGAAUGAGUCCCCUUCCACCACCACACCACCACCGCAGGUCGGACCCCUCAUCCGCCGCCUGCACCCUGAUGCCCGUGUGGGUGCGCAGCCGGGCGGGGGAACAGUAGUGGAGCCAGCCGUUCAUGAACUCGGACAUAUACACACACAUCCGAACAGAAGAAGGGCCUACUACAUGCCCGAUUCAUCCCUCCAGAAGCAACACAGGAUACGGCACGAUGCUUGAUGGACUCCGGCGGAGGCAUGGCUCCCGGCCCUCCUCGAGACCCUCCUCCCGCCCCCUGUCCCUCAAUUUCAGCACCUUCUCGGCACCUCCCCCGAGCCCGGACAUGGACACCGCCAGCGAGCAUCCAAUCAGGAGGACCCUGCACCGGCUGAAGUUGAUGAGCUCUCCCAGCCUCAGCGAGCUGGGGAAAAGUGAGAAAAGUUCACCGGAAGACAGAGGGGAGAAGCAGAAGAGGGCGGGAGCCAACGCCACCUGGAACAGCAUCCACAAUGCUGUCAUAGCUGUCUUCCAGAAGAAAGGUUUGGCAGAUAAUGAACUCUACGCACUCAAUGAAGGUGUCCGGCAUCUGCUGAAGACUGAGGUCGGGUCCUUCUUCACAGAAUACCUUCAGAACCAGUUGCUGACAAAGGGCAUGGUCAUCCUCCGGGACAAAAUAAGAUUCUACGAAGGUCAGAAGUUGCUGGACUCUCUGGCAGAGACCUGGGACUUCUUCUUCUGCGACGUCCUCUCCAUGCUGCAGGCCAUCUUCCAUCCAGUCCAGGGUAAGGAGCCGUCUGUCAGACAGCUCGCUCUGCUUCACUUCAGGAACACCAUCGUCCUGAGUGUGAAGUUAGAGGACGCUCUGUCUCGAGCUCGAGCCCGCAUACCCCCCUCUGUUACACAGAUGCUGCUUAUUCUACAGGGUGUCCACGAGUCCCGCGGUGUGAACGAGGAGUACCUGAGGCUCGAGUCUUUGGUUCAGAAGGUGGUCUCGCCUUACCUGGGCACCCAUGGGCUUUACUCUGAAGACGGUGCUGAGGCCAACUGCUGUGUCUUGGAGAAGUGUUUGCCGUGGGGAUGGCCAAAGUCUGCAGAUCAACCGUCGAAGAACCCCGUGGUACGAUCGAAGAGCUAUAACAUCCCUCUGCUGCUGACGCCGGUGGCCGAGUACGACCCCGAUGCCGGCUCGGUGGGCAGUGGAGGAAUUAGGCGCCACUCAGCCUGUGAGAUCAUAUCGUGCCUGGAGGAGCAGGGACUGGCCUACGCUGAACUGGCCUCGGGAUCUGAACUGUCUGGCCCCUCCUCCAACCGGCUGUGUGUGGCCUCUCACUUCAAUGGGCUCCUACAAGCAGGAUCGAGCGGCCUGAACCUGCCUCUCUCCUCUUCGUCCAUCCUUCCCCUGCGUUCCUCAGGAGCUCUGCAUGGCACAGAGGCUACCACAACAAUGACUGAUCUCAGCAUGGGAGCAUCCUCCACGCCGCCCAGUGAAUCAUCCAGCCCAGAAACCAUAAUUGGACAAGUGCUGGAGUCUGCAGACUCCGACUCCGACGGGAUAUUUAUUGAUUUUCCUCCUCACUCCUCGGAGGCUCUCGGGUACAGCCACGAGAGCAGACAGAGCACUGUGUAGCUGUGGUUUGCCUUUUUAGGAAUGCACCUGCAGUGUGUGGGUAAUCUGUGAUUAUUACACAUUGAACAAAGCUUAAUUUCAUUAAAGGGGGUACCAUCUUCGUUUCUUGCUGUAGUAAAAAUGACUUUA